CUUGCAGCCAGAAGACCUGUGGUUAUUUUGUGUUGGUGGUACUACAUGGUGGUAAGACAUAUGUGGAUACAAAAAAAUGAUUCCUCUCCUGGUAUUGAACAUAUUGGAGAUCCUGAAAGUUCUUCCGGCUCGAAUAAUCAACAACUUAUUGUAAACAUAAUCACCAAGUUAACUCCUGUUUACUAUCUGGGCAGAGUCUCCACUACAGAAAUUAGAGAUCUUAUGGCAAGUUAUAUGAAUUUAUCCAUUGAACAGGAUGUGAUUAAUUCACUAAAUCUGUUGUGUGAAAACACCAUUAGUGGAUCAGCUGGUUUGGGUUUUCUCAGCUUUGUUGGGUUUUCAGCAUUCGAUGAUAUACAUCCUUCUGGGCUUGUGAGACACCCCAACAUCUUACCUGUGUUAGGUGUUGUAGAAUCAUCUGAUUGUUGCUACAUGUUUCAACCAAAGGCUCCAUACACUUUGGAGAACAUCAUGCACUACAGUCCAGAGGCAUUGUGCUCAGAUUGGCACAUCAGAUUUUUCAUCUACCAAAUAAUAUCUGCAUUGGCAUAUCUUCAUGAUUUUGGAGUUCAUCACGGCAAUCUGAAACCAUCAACCAUCUUGAUGUCAGAUUCUCUAUGGCCUUAUCUCAGCAUAAGUGAUAUAUCUCAUGUUAAACAGAACCAGGGUUUUGGGGGACCUGAAGGUUCAACACAUAAUUCAUGCUGUGCUCAUGAGGAUUGUUCUUCAAGAUCCAUUUUUGCUAGUUUUAAUCUUCCAUCAUCCUUAGAUUGGUCUUCUCACUUCAAACGAUGGUGGACUGGGGAGUUGAGCAAUUAUGAGUACCUUAUUGUCUUGAACAAGUUAGCUGGUAGGAGAUGGGGUGAUCCAGCUUUUCAUCCAGUGAUGCCUUGGGUAAUAGAUUUCACAGUGAGGCCUGACGAAAGUUCUGACAUUGGCUGGAGAGACCUCACCAAAAGUAAAUGGCGGUUGGCGAAGGGCGAUGAACAAUUGGAUUUUACUUACUCAUCAUCUGAUGUUCCAUAUCAUGUUUCUGAUGAGUGUCUCUCAGAGCUAGCAGUUUGCAGUUACAAAGCAAGAAGACUAUCAAAGACCAUCUUGAGGUCAGCUGUCCGCUCUGUCUACGAGCCCAACGAAUACCCGUCUAGUAUGCAAAGGCUUUAUCAAUGGACUCCAGAUGAAUGCAUCCCAGAGUUCUAUAGCGAUCCUUGGAUUUUUGUCUCUCUUCAUUCUGAAAUGAGUAAUUUGGCUUUGCCUUCCUGGGUGACCUCUUCAGAGGAAUUCAUUUGUCUUCACAGGGAUGCCUUAGAGAGUGACCGAGUUUCACAACAACUGCAUCAUUGGAUUGAUAUAACCUUUGGCUAUAAACUUGCUGGGGAGGCAUCUGUUGAAGCUAAGAAUGUCAUGUUGCCUCCCAGUGAUCCAUCAAGGCCUAAAUCAAUUGGGCGAAGGCAACUUUUUACAAAGCCACAUCCUAAGCGUCUUAUUAGCACACCUCACUCAGCCUACCACAAUAAAGUGGAAUCUUGUGCAAGAUGCCAAGGAAAAGGAAGUAACUCAACUACUGAUGUAUUAUUAGAUGAAUGUAAUCCCCCAAAUAUGUUUUCACAAGUUGACUAUUUGGAAGAGUUUGAACAAGCAACAUUAUUUAUGGAGCUUCAA